AUGGUAGAACGACACAGUAGACACAAAUCUAAGCAUACCAUAACGACCAAAUAAACGAAAUUAUGUAUUCGAAUAAAACACUGUUAUUUGCGAGCCUCAUUUGCUUGUUGGCAGUGGAAAGUAUCAAUGCACUCAACGCAAACUCAUACAAACUCUCCGGCAAGCGCAAACCAUUGGCUACACGCGAAGAUGCCACUAUUAUCGAAGAUUACAAACGCACCAAACGUCAAUUGUCCCAGCCCAUGCAGGAAUUCCAAGCUUUUAUAACCACUUCGAAGGGACAGUGCGCCAGUGAAAUGGGUUUCAAGGCAAAUGAAAUGGAAAAAUCGUUGCUCUACGAGGAGCUGCCCACGCCGAAAGAGAAAUGCAUGAUGGAGUGCAUACUGAAGCGUAUGGAAGUGAUGGAUCGUGAUAAUAUGUUAUCGACGCCGGCUAUUGGACGCAUUGCUGAUAUAAUUGGCAAUAACAAUGCUUUAAUCACAUCGAUUGCUAUGGCAUCUGCGGACAAUUGCAAAAAGUUCAUAACAGCCGAGGAUCCUUGUGAACGCGCUUAUCAAAUUAACAAAUGCAUUGCCACCGAAAUGAAGAUGCGUAAAAUCAAGCUGAUUUAUUAGGAGGCUCUCAAUGUUAUGCUGCUUUGAGUAGCAAAUUUAUAUAUACACAUGUAUAUACAUAUUUACAUACACACCAUCUGUAUGUUAUUUUGCAAAUUGACUACUAGUUACGUCAAGAACUCGAAUUAUUUAUUACUUAAAAUUUUUUAAUAAAGU